AGAAACCAGCGCACACACCUAAUCUCCUUUCUAGCCGAACAUUGUGUGACUGAGGACAGCGCACACACCUAAUCUCCUUUUUUAGCUGAACAUUGUGUGACAAGGAACGGCACGACAAGACUCAGAGGGAUGACGGACGGCCCAACAGGACCAACCAGAAGACCAGAACUUCUAGACUCAACCUACUUUCUGUACUGUAUAUAACAUACAUGCACUCUGUUAUCGGGGCUUCUUUUCUGCUGGUUCCUUAUGAACUGAAUGAAAUGGGCCCGUAUACGUUGUACCAGAUAUCUUUACUCAUAAUUAAACUGUCACUUGUCAUACAAUUUACCACCUUGUCUGAAUCGAUCCUUGACCGGCUCGCCCUCCUACAUAUCCCAUUAUCAACACUAGCUGCCGAAUAGGCAACAACCCACCACGUAGCUUAUUCUUCAUGUUUGUCCAUAGGCUCCAGGGUGAAGACAUACAUUUUUCGAAAUAAAAGUGUUGAGUGACAAACUUAAUGAAAUAGCCCACUUCCCAACUUUGUAUGCGUUGUUUGUUGGCAAUCUUGUUAUUUACGAAGCUUAUGGAACAGAUUCCUGAUGGAACGUUCCACAAAUUAUACCCACCCCUCUUGAAACGUUUGAAAUCAAUAUUUUUUUGUUUGGCCUACAUUUUAGGGAGUCUUGUGUAUGUCCACUACAGUGGAAUUGCCCAGGUACAUUAACAUGGAUAGUCAGAUGUCUGUUUUGAUAAACCAAUUUUUCGGGCAGGCAGGGUAUUCUAAUAGCCCAUCUGGUAGUGUUGGAGGAAAUGAUAGUUGAAAUGAUUAAUUAUGUAUACAUUUAGCUUAGAACCAUUUAUUUUAAUACUAUUAUGUUAUGGUAUGAAAUGUAUGGGUUCUUGGUUAAGUUGUUACUGAAAAUGUAAGUAAAACGAAUUAAUUGUCUGUACCUUGCGGGUUUAAGGGAGAGGGAUGGCAUAUCUCUUUAGACAGAUAAAAAUGUUUGUUUUAUGUUCCAUUAGUAGAGGAGAGUAUAUAUUUUAGACAGAUUGGAAUGUUUGUUUUAUGAUGGGAGUAGAAGACAGUCUCCAGACCUGAAGACACUGCGCUAUUGUGUGGAUCGGAGAGAGUGUGAGAAACUGAUGACGUCAUUUUAUGUUCUCUCCUUAAAAUGUAAUGUUCUUUGUAUUUUGAGUCAGUACUCUCUUGAAUUAAACGCUGUUACCUGACUUUUAAGACUGGUCUCGAUCUAUUUCAUGUAUAAAUGAUACAUUUACAACUUAUUAUGAAAUAGAGAGAGUGCGAAUUUGGUUUUGGCUACAAAACAUAUAGGAAUAUAGAAUUCCUCUAACAAUUGGUCCUUCGAUCCCGGAUCUAAAUACCCCUCCCUGUUAUAUGGAGGUGGUACGCUGAAAAUCGUGCACGGACGAGUUUUUGACUCGUUUUACUAAAAGACCUGACCUCCGAAUUGAGGUUAAAAUUCAGGCCUGCGUAUUACCACAGAAAAUCAGGGAGGGUGACUAGAUACAACGAACAGUGCUUUUCCCAGUCGGCAGCAGACUGUUCCAAGUAUCCUAAGGUGAAUAUAACACAGCUUGCUGCUCUGCUUGCUCUGAGCUCCAUUUUCCUCUUGAUUCUGAUCUUCAGCGGUUGGUUUUCCUUUGUAUCUAGGAUCGUCAGCCUACUGACUAAGCCAUGACCCAAACCAGCAUGUCCCGUGAGGAGGCCUACUCUGCCCUGAUGAGGGGGGUAAAGGAGCUGGACCUCAACGGGCCAAACAUACCCAGCAACUUAGUACUGAUUGGCGACCAAGCCUUCCCACUGGCCAUGAACGCUUGUGGCCAGGUCCUGAUGGCUGCCUCAUUCUACGGCCGAGGCCGGGUGGUGGUGCUGGGCCACGAGGGCUACCUCACCGCCUUUCCUACCCUAGUGGAGAAUGCCCUAACCUGGCUGACAGGCUCCUCCUGUGACAGCACUACCGUCGGCGUCCACCAGAGCUGUAAGGCCGUAGCCGACAACCUCAGCCACUCCAGCCUCCAACCCAAGGUGGGGGGCUUCUGCGAGGGCCUGGGAGUGUAUGUGACAGAUGCGUACUGCGUGGGCCCAGAGGUGAAGGAGCUGGUGGGGUUCCUGAAGGUGGGGGGUGGGCUGCUGAUUGCUGGUCAGGCGUGGAGCUGGGCGGAGGAACACCCCAAACAGAACACCCUGCUGGGUUUCCCUGGGAACAAGGUGUCCAGUGUGGCUGGCAUCUACUUCUCGGAGCACCUUGAGGAGCUGGGUACUCUCCCUGUGCCUCCACAGAUCCCUUCCAACUGGCUGGCUGUGGCGAUAGGCAAGGACUUCAAGGAUGACCUGGAGUUCCUGCUGGAGGGCGUGACUGAGUUUGAUAUCCAGGGCAAGUCUAUUUUCUCAGAGGUGCUGGUACACGGCCCUCUCGCAUUCCCCAUCGGCACCACAAAGGACGGCAGGGCCUUUCUGGCCGGGGCAUACUACGGCCAGGGCCGAGUCAUCGUGAUCACCCACGAGGGAUACUUGGGCCGAGAGAAGAUGUACCCCUUCAUGCUCAAUGCCGUGCGCUGGUUAGACGAGGGCCGUAACGGCUUGGUAGGUGUCCUGCCCCAGCUCGACUCCGCCCACACCCUGCUGAGCAAGUCGGGCCUGCCCUGUGAGAAGAGCGGCUUCAGGAAGGAGCUUAGCGUCUACGUCUGCACCUCCUACAGCGACGCCCAGGCCGAUGAAAUCCAGGACUUUGUAGCCGAGGGUGGGGGUCUGUUGAUCGGGGGCCAUGCAUGGUACUGGGCCCAGACAAAUCCGGGCCACAACACCAUGACAGAGUACGCAGGCAACCACAUCCUCAACAAGAUGGGCCUCAGCCUGUUGGGGAACACUCUGGAUGCAGGCUGCUACAAGGCCCCAGUCCCGGGUCAGACCUGCUCCGAGGGCUUCCACUUCCGCCACCUGCUGCGCCGCUUUGCCGGACACGUGAUCCAGGGCGAGACGCUGACGGAGCAUGAGGAGGCGGGUUUGAAGAAGCUUGGCAGCGACUGCACCAAUUACCUGCACAUGCGGGCGCACGACUGUGCCUCGUACACCUCGGUGCUUGCCAUGCUCACCGACGUGCUGAAGGAGACGGGCAUCCCCCAGGUGUGCCACAGCUGCCCGGUGAUAAGCGCCAAGGACCACCUGCUGCUCAGUGUAGGCACGCAGGUGUACAAGGUGUGCCAGGACCCAGACGCCCUACUGCCUUACCUGAUCAAGGACCAGCCCAUGAUGCCCGCCUUGUCCAAUGCCAGGGUUAGGAUCAACUGUAAUACAGCAGGAGGAGAGGAGUGGCUCAGCACUGGUCUGUUCCUUUCCCCUGGGAUGAGGACUUACAUGGCCAUGCCACCACAACUCGUCAACCAGGGCUGGAAGGUCCAGAUAGGCUGUCAGACUGACAACAUUGGGAAUUCGAACGAGCUGAGGCGAGCGCCAGUGGUUCAUGAGCGCUUCCCCAUAGACUCAGAGAAGAUGCAGGUGUGGAACCUGUGGGGCGGCCUCCUCUAUCUCAUCGCCCCUCCUAAGACCCAGGUGGAGGGGGUGGAGGUCAUCAUUCAGGGGGCUGUGCCGGCACCCUACUACAAGACUGGGGUGACCACGCUUGCAGACUGGGCAGUUCUGCGGACCGCCCCGUCCCCCUGGGCAGAGAUGGAGUUUGAGAACAUCAUCCUGACCGUCCACUCUGACGUGGUCCGAGGUCUGGAUCGGCCUGACCUGGUGGCAGCUCUCUGGGAUGACAUCAUGAGGGGGGUAGCUGACCUGGCCUCCAUCCCCGCCAAGUUCCCCCGCAAGGAGCGCUUUGUGGCCGACGUCCAGAUCUCCUAUGGCUUCAUGCAUGCAGGCUACCCUAUCAUGAUACAUUCCUGCUCCGCCCCAGACUUGAUGAACCCUGUGGAAGCCCGCAGCUCGGGCCUGUGGGGGGCAAUCCACGAGCUGGGCCACAACCAGCAGAGAGGAGCCUGGGAGUUCCCCUCACACACCACUGAGUGCACAUGUAACCUGUGGUCCGUGUACGUGCACGAAGAGGUGUUGGGGGUGAAACGGGAUCAGGCCCACCCCAACAUCACGCUGGCUAACCGACAGAGCCGUGCCGAGGGGUACGCUAAAGGGGGCAGGAAUCUGGCCAGCUGGGACAUGUGGGUGGCACUGGAGACCUACAUGCAGCUCCAGGAACAGUUUGGCUGGGACGCCUUCAAGAAGGUGUUUGCUGCCUACCACACCAUGCAGAACGUGCCCAAUGACAACAAGGGAAAGAUGAACCUGUAUGCUGAGACCUUCUCCCUGGCGGUCAAUAGGAACCUGGCUCCCUUCUUCAAGGCCUGGGGCUGGCCCAUUGAGCCCGCUACAGAGGAAAAGCUCUCUAACAUGCCGGUGUGGAGCGACCACCCUAUGGCCCAGUAUGACUGAACAAUAGAGGAGGUCACCCCCUUAUAUUGGGGGGUCACAGGUCAGGGAUUGCUGGUGAAGGGUAGGCACCGUUUGGUGACGGGUUAAGGUAAAGGAGUGGUGACUAGGACUUUGCUGGCCUGGUGUAGAAAUGCUACUGCAAGAAUCAUGGUUGCGUCUGUUGUGCAAAGAAAUAAAUAAUUCUAUCGUUUUUUUGAAGUCGUCACAAAGGGCUUAUUCUGAAGUCUCAUGUGUUUUUGAUACUGUAGACGAAGCUAAAGAAAUCUACCUCCUGUUAUAUACUUUAUAUUAUUCUUGCUUAUUCCUAGAAGGCACAGAUAACGAAUAAUAAAAUAUGUAUCUCUCCAAA